CCGGUGUGUUCCUCGUCCCGAGCCGUCGCGACGGCUGAGGGACGACGGAGCGUUUCAGUAGUAAACACCAGUUGGCGUAAGGCAGUGUCGGAUGGAUGUCAUCGUUCUGCGGUCGCUAUCACGAUACGUGGUGUGUGUACGAUCAGGUGAUGAUGUGUGUACGCUAGCCGCGUGUGUAUCUAUGUUCUUCCCUUAAGAAACUCGCACGAGCAUUCGUGCGUUCGUGCGUGCGUACGUGCGUGCGUGCGUUUGUCCAGAAGCUUAUUUGCCCUCGUGCUUCAGAGUGGUCGUGACACCGCGUUGUUUUAUUCGUAGCAUUGCCCAAUUACGUUCAUCGAAAGUGCACUUUUACAUUUUAUUACUUUUGCAUAUUAUAACUCGACGUUGCGUCUGUUUUCUUUGGUUCUGGUGUCGUUCACCGAGGCGUCUGGUCGCCCCACCGUCCCCGCUUCCUGUCCAUCCGGCGUGAAGGCAAAGUGGAGGCUGAGAUUAGAAGUAAUAGCGUGGUUAACAGGUGGAAAAGGGUUGAAGUUCGCGGAAUACCACCACGCGUCACGCAGGGGUGGUGGGUCUAUGGGGGGCUCCGCCCCAGCGGCCCCCCGGCUCCAGUCCAAACGGAAACUGCCGGAACGGCGCUAUCCUGGCAAGGUCCAAGACCGCUCCGCUUCCGGUACCACCGUCAAAACGGAUGAAGAGCCCCUCCAACAUCAUGAGGCAGUCUAGCCUCACCAAGCUUGGCUCCAUGAUCAAUACCGCUGUGAACAAGAGAGUCGGCAAUGGUGACAUACAGUGGUGUUUCUCACAGGUGAAAGGAACAUUGGAAGACGAUGUCACUGAAGCUGAUAUAAUCUCAUGUGUUGAAUUCAACCAUGAUGGUGAUCUUCUUGCAACAGGAGAUAAAGGUGGUCGGGUUGUUAUUUUUCAGAGGGACCCUGUUAGUAAAAAUAGUAUACCCCGAAGAGGUGAAUACAAUGUAUACAGCACCUUUCAAAGUCAUGAACCUGAAUUCGAUUACCUGAAAUCAUUAGAGAUAGAAGAAAAAAUUAACAAAAUUAGGUGGUUAAAAAGGAAAAAUCCAGCACAUUUUUUACUUUCCACAAAUGAUAAAACAAUUAAAUUGUGGAAAGUCAGUGAACGAGAUAAAAGAGUAGAAGGUUAUAAUACAAAAGAAGAGAAUGGUACAAUUCGUGAUCCUGCUUGUAUCACUUCCUUGAGGGUACCAACUAUAAAACCAAUGGAGUUGAUGGUAGAAGCAUCUCCAAGGAGAAUAUUUGCCAAUGCGCACACCUAUCAUAUAAACAGUAUAAGUGUUAACAGUGAUCAGGAAACAUACCUCAGUGCUGAUGAUCUUAGAAUUAACCUUUGGCACCUUGAAAUUACAGAUCAGAGUUUUAAUAUAGUAGACAUUAAGCCAACUAAUAUGGAGGAAUUAACGGAAGUAAUAACUGCCGCGGAAUUUCAUCCGGCAGAAUGUAAUGUCUUGGUAUAUAGUAGUAGCAAAGGAACAAUUAGACUCUGUGACAUGAGAUCUGCUGCGCUUUGUGACCAACAUAGUAAGCUCUUUGAAGAACCUGAAGAUCCAACAAAUAGAAGUUUCUUCUCUGAAAUAAUUUCGAGUAUAAGCGACGUAAAACUUAGUAAUUCGGGGAGAUAUAUGAUCAGUAGAGACUACCUCAGUGUGAAAGUGUGGGAUUUACAAAUGGAAACAAAACCCAUUGAAUGUUACCCUGUACAUGAAUACCUAAGAUCAAAGUUAUGUUCAUUAUACGAAAAUGAUUGUAUCUUUGACAAAUUCGAGUGUUGCUGGAGUGGUAAUGAUUCUGCUAUUAUGACUGGAUCGUAUAAUAAUUUCUUCAGAGUAUUUGAUCGUGCAACCAAACGUGAUCUCACAUUGGAAGCAGCACGUGACAUUGCCAAACCAAAAACACUUUUAAAACCACGUAAAGUUUGUACUGGUGGUAAACGUAAAAAAGAUGAAAUUAGCGUCGACUGCCUUGAUUUCAAUAAAAAGAUACUACAUACUGCUUGGCAUCCAUCUGAAAAUGUGGUAGCUGUUGCUGCUACGAAUAAUCUCUUCCUAUUUCAAGACAAACUCUAGCACAUCUGUAUGCAAAUCGCUUUUCAUUUUUUUAGAUCAUUCAACGGUAUAUAUUGACGUGAGCAAGACACGUUCAACCGAAAAAUCCCAAUGGAACAAAGGAUAACUGAAUCAUACUGACGAAAGUCGACUAUUAAUAUGUUAAUGGUUGACUGACCGAAAAGUGGUGUACGUAGCGCCGUCCACACAUAAGCUCACAUAUUCAUACACACUAUGUAUACACAAAACAUACAGAAUUGCACGUAACACCUUGUCGCGCGUAUAUAUUGUAUAUAAAUGCAUGCAAGCAAAAAUAUAUGCAUAGCUCUCCAAACUAUUGAAUUCCGCUAGUUCAAAUAAAAUGCACGUGGAAUCAUUGCUCAUUGACAAAGAAAAAUGUACAGUUCAAUCAAUCAAGAGACUCGUGUUGGCGUUUAUUAUUGAAAUAUUUUAAUAGAAGAUUAAUAUAUUCAGUUCGCUUGUAUCAUAGAAAUUUUGACACCGUACAAUUUAAAGUGCUUUUUAACAUAGGUGAUUUUUCUACGUAUGGAAUGGUAUCUGUAAAAAAAAACUGCAUCAGUAGGACCAAUUGCAUAGAAUUAAAAAGUAUCUAUCGCUAGGUGCGAUAAAUACUUACUAUCCUCAGUAUAUGUGCGUUGCAUAUAAUACCUUUGCUUAAUAAAUUAUUUGCCAAGUAAAAUGCCUAGACAUGCAAAAUUAAAAGUAGGGAUGAUUAUAUGUGCCAAUGUGAUUAAUCUGUAGCUUGUUAUUAUUUUAUUCUUAAUUCAGUAUUGUUUUUCGUAAUUUUUCAUAACAAUCGUGUGUUUUCGAUAGAUAAUUAAGUCUUUCGUUAGAAAAUUAAUUUUUUCGUAUCGAAAACUGUAUCCUCCGUUUAUCAAAUUUGUUGCUGAUUCCAGAGUAAAAAUAUAAUAUUUUGAUAACUAUUGAUAAUUGCAUUUAAAGUAUGCUAGCAAUUACCAUUAUGAAAAAAGCCAAACUUUUAAUUAUUUUAAUUAGUCGUUUGUUACCAUUAGGGAGUAAAAAAUAAUAUUAAAUAAUGGGCCUAUAUUCUCGUGUCUUUAUUUCUCAAGUAAAAUAUAUUACUAAAUAUUCCUAUCAUGGCACGUUAAAAGAUAAAUACUCGCCGAUACGAGUCAAAGUGUGAAAAGACAAAAUAAAAUUCACCAUCUAGUAAAAGUUGGAAGAAAAAUAAACAUGAAUGCAUUGCAUACAUUGAACAAUAAAGAGUAUGGAUGUAAAGCACCAUUCGUCAGUUGCCGCUUUCUAAUAAUAAUAAUAAAGAAAAGGACUCGGUCAAGAAAUAUAAAGAACUUAUGGUAACUAUAAGCGAAAUACGGAUUUUCUAAUAUUUCUUAUUGACAACUUAUUAACACUUAUACACUUACACAUAUAAGCAGCGAUUUCGUACACGAAUAAAAAUAAAAUUAAAAAGUGCAUUUGACGAUGGUAAGCUGCGCUUGCAGAAUUAAUUAAAUAUGUGCUGAGUAACAUAUAUUAGCGGAAUAUAACGUCAACAUUCGUGAAAUCUGUAGAAGUAAAAUUCGGACGGAAUCAUACGUGAUUGAAACAUACGCGCGGAUUAUCAAUUCAAGGUGAAUAAAAUCUACCAAUGAAAAACAACAAUAGCGAAAGUUGUUUGUAACGACACAUACCUUACAUCGAUGACUUAAAUCGUACAUGAUCGAGAAUUAAAAUUAAUAAUUUUCACGUGUACAAAUAACAAUUCUUGAAUCAUAGACAAAUAAACGACUUUCGAGGUUUCCUAAUAAUACAAGCAAUCAUAUAGUUUUGUAAAGAAAGAAAUAUAUGAUUGCUGUGUUAAAACAAUCGUAGAAGAUUCAUUUUAACACAUGAAUCGUUCUUAAUUUCUAUUUAAUUCUCUGAAAGAUCUGCUAUAUGGCCAAAAAUAGACACACGUGAUAUAAAAACACUAUUUUAAAUUAUGCGCUUCGAAUUGUUUCAACUAAUCACGUUCUUAUUCACGUAAUGUAAUAUUUAAGAAUAAGUUUUAAGGAAAUUAAUUAGGUAUUUUAUGCGUUAAAUUUCAAAAUUCGAUUUAAUUAAAAAAAAAAAAAAGAGGCAUUACUACACAUUAUUGCGUUUCCUGCAAUGUAGCUUUCAUACGUGUUAUUUUAUUAAAAAAAUUUUUAAAUGGUACAAAAAAAAAGAAAUACGUUUGAUAUGGUAUGAUUUAAGAAAUUUAAUUCUGUUAAUUCCACAUUUACGCGAAUGCACUAACAAGAGAGAGAAAGAAAAUCCGCUUUCGACUAAUCGUGCAAUGCAUGAAACGUAAUAAUUGUUUGUCACGCCAGGAUUAUUACUCAGUAUCUUUGUAAUGACUUUGAUAUUUAGGCAAUUGUGUACCCACGGAGAUAGGAGACGAAAAGACGCACGAAUAAA